AUGAUUUCUAAAUCUGUCUUGUGUGGAGUUUCACUGUCCGUUUUAGUAUUAGCCGUAUCGGCCAGUGUCACAGAAAAGUUACUUCGAGUGCCCCUUUUCGAAGUUGGAGAACUCUGGUACCGGUCAGUUAGUACCUUAACUGGACGAGUGGUGUCAUUGCUGACCACAUGGCCGGACUUUUAUGCAUUGACCACUUAUAUAACAGUAGCCUUGUUAAGUAUUGGAUUAUAUUAUCUCUACAUUUUACUGUUUGUUCCGUUAAACCGGAUCCGGAUUCUUGGAGAUCUUGGAUACCGAGCGGAAGGAAAAUUCACCAUGAAGGAGAUUGCAAAUUCCGUACGGAAAAGGAGAAUGGUGGGAAAUGUACCAGCGGUAUAUCCAAACGGUUGGUUCGGGAUAAUGGAAUCCCAUACACUCGAGAAAGGCGAUUCUACAUAUGUAUCGAUUUUGGGUCUUCAUUUAGCAAUAUUUAGAGGAGAAGAUGGCGAAAGUCAUGUUCUUGAUGCCUACUGUCCUCACAUGGGAGCCAACCUUGGGAUCGGAAGUCGGGUUGUCGGUAAUUGUAUCGAGUGUCCCUUCCAUGGCUGGCAGUUCCGAGGAAAAGACGGAAAGGCAACUAAGAUACCAUAUGCUGACAAAGUGCCAGAUUUUAUCAAAGUGAAAUCCUACGUUUCCAAGGAAACAAACGGUUGGAUCUAUCUGUGGCAUCACGCGGAAAAAGAGCAGAAAGAGGAGCCUGACUGGGAGAUCCCAAAUCUAGAAGAUGUUAACAAUGGCAACUGGACGUACCGUGGACGAACGGAGCACCACAUCAAUGCACACAUUGAGGAAAUUCCCGAGAAUGGUGCUGAUGUGUCGCAUUUAGCCCAAGUACAUGGUCCUAUGCUUACUGCUGGCGUGGAUCUGAAGGAGAUGUGGAAUACGUUCUGGUCGUUUGGACAUCACAAAUGGACCGCGGCAUGGGAACAGAACCAAGCCCCCGAGAAACAUAUUGGAACCCUACACCUCACACACAGCCUUAAUCUGUUCGGCAAACAUUUGUCAAUCAUAGAUAUGGACGUGAGAGCACGACAGAUUGGUCCGGCAAUUGUUUAUUUAGAAUUUGACUCGCCUUUUGGAAAAGGUGUUUUUAUCCAGUCGCUCACGCCUGUUGAACCAAUGGUGCAGAAAUUAGUUCACAAUAUCUAUAUGGAGAAAAAAGUACCGACAGUUAUUGCCAAAUUUUUCAUGCUUGGAGAGGCACUCCAGGUUGAACGAGACGUGAUGAUCUGGAACAAUAAGACGUAUGCGGGCAAGCCCACUUUUGUUAAAUCGAAGGAGGAUGCUUUAAUUGCCAAACAUAGGCGGUGGUAUUCACAGUUUUACUCAGAACACAGUCCAAAACUAACAUUUCAAAAAGAAUCUCUCGAGUGGUGAGUUGCUGUACGAUAUAGAUACUA